UCUCUCUCUCUCUCUCUCUCUCUCUCUCUCACGCAAUUGAGUUGAGCCUAAAUCCUCAUCAGCACUGAUAACUUAAACUGAAACAUAAAGUACAUUACAUAGGCUACGAUCAUGGAGGGUUUGAUCAAGGGGUUGGUCCAUGCUGCCCUUGGUGACGACGACAAUGACGACCGCAACAACCGCUGCGAUUCCCGAGAUGAACGGUCUAGAUCCUCCUGGGCUGAGGUCGUCUCCGGAGAUCAGGAUCAGGAUCCGCAAGAUCAUCCUCCUCCCAGACACCACAACUGGACUUCACAGGAGGAGCCUCGUUAUGAGCAGGAGGAGUGGCGCCAACAGGGUUCUAGACUUUCCAACAGACCACAGAAGGAGGAGCAGCGGCACGACGAUAGUUAUGGGGAUUCCUACAGGCCUCAAAGGGAGCAAUAUCGUCCAAAGCAAGAAGAGUGGGAAUCUCAGAGUUCCAACAGACACAAGAAGUUUGAUGAAGAGAACAAUGAUGGAUGGCAGACUGUUGGCAAACCUUCAAGGCGGCAACAACACAAGGUUCCCAAGGAUAAUUGGAACAACUAUAAACUACCACCUGAUGAGCAAGAAUACUCUAAUGAUAUUGAUGUUGGUGGUCGUGCGGAGCCUUCGAACGACGAGCUUUAUGAUUUGUCUAAAGCAUGUGACAAACUGUGGGACCUUGAUUUAAAUCGUUUGGUACCGGGAAAGGAUUAUGAAAUUGACUGUGGCGAAGGAAAGAAGGCUUACCAAAAGGAAGAUAUGGCAGAGGGUUGCUUGUUUACUUGGGUUAGCGAUGAUGUAUUCAGAAAGCCUACUUUUGCGCGGUUUCUUUCUCUUCUAGAUAACUACAACCCGAAUCAAGGAAGUAAGGAAGUUGUCACGUCUGAAGAGAGGCAAGAGCAAGCUUCUUUCAUUGAAGAAAUUAGUAGAACAGCACCAAUCAAAUAUCUGCACAAGUAUCUUGUGUCCAAGGGUAUUGCAUCAGGGAGCUUUCAAGAAUUCAAAAGAAUGAUUAGCAGCUUGUGGUUUGACCUUUAUUCACGUGGGGGAACAUCUGGUUCCUCCUCUGCUUUCGAACAUGUUUUUGUUGGAGAAAUCAAGAACAACAGUGAAGUUUCUGGCUUUCAUAACUGGCUGCAGUUUUACCUUGAAGAAGCAAAAGGGAGGGUUGAUUAUCAAGGCUAUAUUUUUCCCCGUAGACGUGGUGAAAUUCCAGACUCAGAAACACAGCUUCUGACAAUUCAGUUUGAAUGGAAUAAUGUUCUAAAAUCUGUAUCAAGCACUUUGGUGGGAGUGAGCCCUGAAUUUGAAAUUGCUCUGUAUACCCUCUGUUUCUAUGUGGGCGAGGAGGACAACCACAUUCAGCUGGGUCCAUAUUCAGUUAAUAUCAAGUGCUACCGUCUCGGCAAUCGAAUUGGAUCUGUUUAUCCCAUUGCUGAAUCCUGAAUCUUAAGCUGCUAGCCAUGUUGGUUGUUUUCCUCUGAGGAUCAUGUCAUGUAUUUAUACAUACUUGAGAACUUUGUACUUCAUUGCUGUAAAAGGAAACAGUAUCAGUUAGAACAAUUGCUGUUACAAGGUAGCACAAUAUAUGCAUACAUAUAUGGGGCUAUUUUGAAUAGGAUGGAUAAAUAUAAAAUGAACAUAUCGUCUGGAAUUAUUAUGCCACUUUUCUCUCUCUUUUUUUCUUUCUCAGUCUUUCAUUGUAAGCUAUAACAUUUUUUGUUUUGAAAGGUAUUGUAAGCUGUAACAUGUUAUUAAAUAUCUCACUAGUUUUGU